AUGUCUCUCGAAGGAAAAGUCGUCCUCAUCACAGGCGGAGCCAAGAACCUCGGCGCAGAAAUUGCGCUGUCCCUAGCCAGCGUUGGCGCUAACUUGGCCUUGCACUACAACUCACCUUCUACAAAGGACAAUGCCGACGCUUUGGCAAAGACAAUCAGCCAGUCAUUCCCCAAGGUGAAACAUGCGUUCUAUCAAGGCGAUCUUACCACCAAAGCAGCAGUUGACAAACUCUUCGGGUCAGUGCUCAAGGAUUUUGGCAAGGUUGACAUUGUCAUCAACACAAUUGGCAAGGUUCUCAAGAAACCUAUCGCUGAGAUCUCUGAGGCAGAGUACGACAGCAUGUUUGACGUCAAUUCCAAGUCAGCUUUCCUGAUUCUCCAAGCUGGCGCAAAGCAUGUCGAAGAAGGCGGGAAGAUCAUCACUAUCGUCACCGCCCUCCUCGCUGCCUUCACCGGCUUCUACACCUCAUAUGCCGGAUCCAAAGCGCCCGUUGAGCACUUCACCCGUGGUGUUGCCAAAGAGCUCAUGGGACGCCGGAUCAGCGUUAAUGCUGUCGCGCCUGGACCGAUGGAUACACCUUUCUUCUAUCCUCAGGAGGCUGAUGAUGCUGUCGCCUUUCACAAGAGUCAAGCGCUGGAGGGUCGGUUGACGGAUGUUAAGGAUAUUGCUCCCCUUGUUAAAUUCCUUGUUACUGAGGGGGGAUGGAUUACGGGCCAGACCAUCUUUGCUAAUGGCGGUUAUACCACUCGCUAA